AAAAUGAUAAAUACGUGAAUAAAAAGCGAAAUAGAGGAGAAAAGCAACAAAACAAAACAAAAUUCAGACAAGUCGUGAACACAAAAACUGGACAAAUCACAAAAAACACGACAGGGAAAAAAAGAAAGGAGCUUAAGAAACUGCAAAUCUUCCUUCAUGGAUCUCAAUGAUCUUGAAACGGACUCUCAAAGCUGAGAGAGUGACAUCAGUGUGUGACUUGGUCUGGAUCUCGGAAGCAUCUAAUUCCCAAGUUGAGACUUUAUGCAAUUGAGCAGAGAUGUAUGUUUCAUGAUGACUCUCCUUGUCAUUGGAGAUUCUUAUUCAAUAAAUGGACUCACCAGAUCCCAAAGCUCCUGGCUUUGUUGAUAUAUUCAAAUCUUGGAUUCCUAGAAAGACUGAGUCCUCCUCCACCACCUCAUCCUCACAUAUGUCUAGAGAUUUCUGGAUGCCUGACCACAGCUGUCCUGUCUGUUACGAGUGUGAUGCUCAGUUCACUGUAUUCAACAGAAGACAUCAUUGCCGCCUUUGUGGUCGUGUCUUCUGUGCUAAAUGCGCUGCUAAUUCUAUCCCAUCUCCAUCUGAUGAAGCCAAGGAUAGUCAUGAGGAGUCAUCAUCAGACAAGAGGAUCAGGGUUUGUAAUUACUGCUACAAGCAGUGGGAACAAGGGAUAGUUCCGCCUGAUAAAGGAGCUUCUAUUAUUAGCCUUCAUUUUAGUUCUUCCCCUUCUGCUAGUACUACUUCUAAUUGCACCUCCAAUAGUAGCAAUGUUGAAUCAACGAAUCCUCCAGCUAGUGGUCGUGUCUCUUCUUCAAACAUGGAUUUGCAGAAUGCAUCAUCAUCGCAUAGGAAUCAUUCCUCUCAGGAUCCAGUUGAAUUCUUUGUGAACAGUGGCAGGAGUGAUGGUGAAGCUUAUGAUGAUGACGAUUAUAACUCUGAUUAUGCGCAAUCUUACUCUCAAGGAAAUGAUUACUAUGGUGCCAUCAGUCUUGAUGAAGUAGAUCGUAUCUAUGGGUCACAUGUAGCUCAUGAUGCUGGAGAAAACAUAGAGUCAAACAUCCCAAGUGUCUUGCCCCCUGAUCAAGAUCUGGACGCACUGAAUACAGAUACGAUAGAGACAUCAAUGCAGCAAGCAGAUGGAUGGAAUGAUGAGAAGGACGGAAGCCCUCCUUGUGAAGAGGCCUUUGAGUCUGAAGUAGUAGAUUUUGAGAGUGAUGGGCUCUUAUGGCUACCGCCAGAGCCAGAGAACGAAGAAGAUGAGAGAGAAGCAUUGUUAUCUGAUGACGAAGGUGAUGAAGGGGAUAGAGGUGAUUGGGGGUACCUUCGCCCAUCAAAUAGCUUUAAAGAUAAGGAGUUCCACUCCAAGGACAAGUCAAGUGGUGCUAUGAAAAACGUUGUUGAAGGGCACUUUAGGGCUUUAGUAGCACAACUUUUGGAGGUUGAUAAUCUACCUAUGGUUGACGAAGGUGAAAAAGAGGGCUGGCUUGAUAUAAUUACAUCAUUAUCCUGGGAAGCUGCAACACUUCUCAAGCCAGAUACGAGUAAAAGUGGAGGAAUGGAUCCAGGGGGUUAUGUGAAGGUUAAAUGCAUCCCCUCUGGACGUCGCAGUGAGAGUAUGGUGGUGAGAGGAGUUGUUUGCAAGAAAAAUGUGGCUCAUCGGCGAAUGACUUCAAAGAUCGAGAAGCCACGUCUGCUAAUUCUUGGAGGAGCUCUGGAGUAUCAACGAAUAUCUAACCAGUUGUCUAGUUUUGACACUUUGUUGCAACAGGAAAUGGAUCAUUUGAAGAUGGCUGUUGCCAAAAUUGACUCUCAUAAUCCCCAAAUUCUCUUGGUGGAGAAGUCUGUCUCGCGGUUUGCGCAGGAAUAUCUUCUUGCGAAGGAUAUAUCUCUUGUUUUGAAUAUAAAAAAGCCCCUUCUUGAGCGCAUAUCCCGCUGUACUGGUGCGCAGAUUGUCCCUUCAGUUGACCAGCUCACAUCACCAAAGCUGGGUUAUUGUGACCUGUUCCAUGUGGAAAAGUUUGUCGAGACACAUGUUGGUACUGGUCAAGGUGUGAAGAAACUGGCAAAGACUUUAAUGUAUUUUGAUGGUUGCCCCAAGCCUUUGGGCUGUACGAUUUUGCUAAAGGGGGCACAUGAAGAUGAACUAAAAAGGGUGAAACAUGUGAUUCAGUAUGGAGUUUUUGCAGCAUAUCACUUGGCUCUGGAGACAUCGUUCCUAGCAGAUGAAGGGGCUUCCCUUCCAGAACUUCCUCUCCAGACCCCAAUUACAGUGGCUUUACCUGAUAAACCAUCAGCGAUUAACAGAUCAAUAUCCACAAUACCUGGUUUUGGUGCUUCAAGUGCUGAAAAGUCCCCAACUACUGAGUUGAUGGGUGAGCCACUUAAAGCCAAUGGCGACGUUAAAUUGGGUGGAAACGACAGGACUGAGCCUUCUAAAAGCCUGCUUCAGAACAUGGAUACUGAGUCAGAAAUGAUUACAUCUAAGGACGAUGGGUUAGUUCCUACUCUAAAACCCAGGCAGCUAUCAUUUCACGCGGAAGAAGCUUCUAUUAAAAAAGAUCAGUGGUCUGUUCAACCCUUUGCCAGAGAACAAGUCACUGAUGGUGCCGACACUAACGAAUCCACAAUGACAGGAGAUCAGAAUUUUAGUAGACAUGAACAGAUGGACUCUUCGAAAGGAGACUUUCUUCCUUCAUCUUCCGACCAUCAAAGCAUAUUGGUUUCAGCAUCAACAAGAUGUGUGUGGAAGGGAUCUGUGUGUGAGCGGGCUCAUCUACUCCGUAUUAAAUACUAUGGGAGCUUUGACAAGCCUUUAGGCCGAUUCUUAAGGGAUAAUCUCUUUGAUCAGGAUCGUUCUUGCCCGUCAUGUGCGAUGCCAGCAGAAGCACACAUUCAUAGUUAUAUUCAUAGGCAAGGUAGUCUUACAAUAUCUGUUAAGAAACUGCCUGAAUUGCUACCUGGCCAACGCGAAGGAAAAAUUUGGAUGUGGCAUCGGUGCCUGAAAUGUCCUCGGAUCAGUGGCUUUCCUCCUGCCACACGCAGAAUUGUGAUGUCAGAUGCUGCGUGGGGUCUGUCUUUUGGCAAAUUUUUGGAACUGAGCUUCUCGAACCAUGCAGCAGCUAGUCGUGUGGCUAACUGUGGUCAUUCCCUUCACAGAGACUGUCUCCGUUUCUAUGGUUUUGGGAAAAUGGUGGCUUGCUUCCGCUAUGCUUCAAUCAAUAUAUUUGCAGUUUCUCUGCCACCAUCAAAACUUGAGUUCAACUGUGAAAACCAGGAUUGGCUCCAAAAGGAAUCCAAAGAGGUGAUUAAUAAAGCGGAAGUCCUUUUUAAUGAGGUUCAGGAGGCACUUGGUCAGAUUUCAGCGAAAACAAUGGGUGCAAAUUCCAAGGGCAGCACUCCUGACAAGAUAAAGCUUUCUCUUGAAGAACUUGCAGGACUUCUUGAGCAACGUAAAAAGGAAUAUAAGGAAUCUUUGCAGCAAAUGUUAAGUCUGUCUAAGGAUGGGCAACCUACUAUUGACAUCCUUCUGAUAAAUAAACUUCGAAGACUGAUACUUUUCGAUUCAUAUGCCUGGGAUGAAUGCCUGACAGGGGCGGCCAGUAUGGUGAGAAAUAACUAUUCUGAAGCUCCGAGGAAUUCUGCUCCAAAAGCUAUGGGUCGUGACGUCUCCUUAGAAAAGUUUGGUGAUGAAAAAGAAAAGUCGAUAUCAAACCAUGUUGCAAGUAGUAAUGACUCUCUUCCCAGUGAUGCGGCGUAUGAUAAAAGUCUUAGCAAGGGUAAGUCAUUUUCUGAUAUCAGCGGAAAGAGUGUCAUUCCUGAAGAUGUAGGCUCAGACAUACCCUCUGAACGUAGGAUAGAGUCUGAAUCUAGUGAAGGUGGUAAAGAAAAUUCUGUGGAGCCUUCGCAGGUGGUUAAAGCGGUACUUUCUGAGAGCCAGUCCCAAGCAACAGACUUAUCUGAUACUCUUGAUGCAGCAUGGAUAGGUGAACAAACUGCCUCAGAGAAUGGUAUUUCUCGUCCGUCUAGCAGAGCUGCUUCAGCAAAUGGAACUCAGAGUUAUGAUUUAAAGCGCUCGGAUUCAGAAAGUGGGAUGACCUUUACAGGAGGCCCAACCAAUGAGGAACAGACAAUGCAAGUUCAGAUGCCUUCUCCUAGUUUUUACUAUUCACUCAACAAGAAUUAUUCGCUUAAUUCUCGCAAGCAUAUUAUGGCUGAAGACCGGCCUGUUUACGUUUCUUCAUAUAGAGAGCUUGAAUGGCAAAGCGGUGCAAGGCUGCUACUUCCUUUGGGAAUUAAUGACUUGGUACUGCCAGUAUAUGAUGACGAGCCUACUAGUAUCAUAGCCUAUGCCCUUACAUCAUCAGAAUAUAACGCCCAGAUGUCUGGAUCAGACAAGGCAAGAGAUCGCUUGGAUAGUGGGGGUUCCUUUUCACUUUUUGAUUCUGUGAAUCUUCUCUCAUUGAACUCUUUGAGCGAUUUGUCAGUUGACAUGAGCAGAAGCCUGAGCUCUGCAGAUGAACAAGUUUCGCAGCUGCUACAGUCAUCCUUGUAUUUGAAAGAUCUGCAUGCUAGAGUCUCGUUUACAGAUGAAAGUCCACCUGGGAAAGUGAAGUACUCUGUGACGUGUUACUAUGCGAAGGAGUUUGAGGCCUUGAGGAAGAUUUGCUGUCCUUCAGAAACUGAUUUCAUAAGAUCUCUUGGUCGAUGUAGAAAAUGGGGAGCCCAGGGUGGAAAGAGCAAUGUCUUCUUUGCAAAAACCUUGGAUGACCGUUUUAUCAUCAAACAAGUUACAAAGACAGAGCUUGAAUCCUUCAUCAAAUUUGCGCCAGCUUACUUCAAAUACUUGACUGAAUCAAUCUGUACUAAAAGCCCUACAAGUCUUGCAAAGAUCCUGGGAAUCUAUCAGGUCUCAUCCAAACACUUUAAAGGAGGGAAAGAGUUCAAAAUGGAUGUCUUGGUGAUGGAGAAUCUUCUGUUCAAGCGUAACUUCGCUAGGCUUUAUGACCUAAAAGGCUCCACUCGUGCCCGUUACAAUCCAGAUACAAGUGGUAGCAACACAGUUUUGCUGGACCAGAAUCUGGUCGAAGCAAUGCCCACAUCACCAAUAUUUGUUGGAAGCAAGGCAAAGCGGCUUCUUGAAAGAGCCGUCUGGAAUGAUACAUCGUUUCUUGCUUCAAUUCACGUAAUGGAUUACUCCUUACUAGUCGGGGUAGAUGAGGAACGAAGCGAACUUGUUCUAGGAACUAUCGAUUUCAUGAGGCAAUACACUUGGGACAAACAUCUGGAGACUUGGGUCAAAACUUCAGGGCUACUUGGAGGACCAAAGAACUCAACCCCCACAGUGAUAUCACCGCAGCAAUACAAGAAACGUUUCAGGAAAGCCAUGACAGCUUAUUUUCUCAUGGUUCCUGACCAAUGGUCACCUGCCACCACGGUUGUGCCAAACAACAGUUCUUCAGCAGAUGUGAAGGAUGACGAAGAGAGAGACGAUCGUCAAAGUGUUGGUAAAAACUCCUGAAUCAUCUUCUGCAGUUAGCAGAUAUAGCAAAGACAUACACAAUAUUGGGUUAGUAAUGUCUUCUUCUCGGUUCAAGUUUUAUUUGUUUUUUUUUCUGUUUUGGAAUGGUCUUUGGGUAAUACCUGUUUAUGUUUUUACCCUUAGCCUUUAAGUGGCCUAUAUGUAAUAGCUCGUUCAUCACCUUUGCAUCAGAAGUAAUAAAAGCAAGGUGCAAUUGUAUAUACAAUGCUUCUUUCUUUUAGUUUCGCACUUUCUUGUUACUUUUGUUUAUGAUAUUUUGCAAAUCAAAGUACUGAAGUAUAUAAUUUUGG